AUGAGUGCGGUGGUGCCAAAAAGUUACCGUAACCCAUGUCUUAUGGGUCUAAGAAGCAUUGUUUGGGUAAGACUGGCUAAGUGCUUCUGUGAUAUGGGAUGGGGCACCAUCCUAUUGCUUCUGUACUAUAUUUUAACCAUAUCAGUUGCAGUAAGACAGGUCACAGUUCCCGGCGAAAUCGUGCUGGGCGGUCUUUUCCCGAUACACGAGGCCGGUAGAAACGGAUCGCAAUGUGGAAAAAUCAAAGCCGAUCAGGGUGUGCAACGCAUGGUAGCUAUGUUAUAUGCGUUGGAAAAAGUGAAUCAAGACAGUUCUGUUCUACCUCAAGCCAGCCUCGGGGCACAGAUUUUGGACACAUGCUCCGUGGAUAGCCAUGCAUUGGAACAAUCACUGGAAUUUAUCAAAUCAGUGAUGUCCAGCGGUGAUGGAGCUAUUUGCGCGGAUGGCUCACCCGCAUCUUAUCAUCGUCAACCUGUAGCAGCAGUCGUAGGAGCUGCUGGAAGUCAAGUAUCGGUGAUGGUGGCCAGCAUGCUGCAGCUUUUUCGGAUACCACAAGUCAGCUACUCGUCCACUGGUGCUGAGCUCAGCGAAAAACCUCGUUUUGCGUUUUUCUCCCGAGUAGUACCACCGGAUAAUCUGCAAGCACAAGUGAUGGCACGGGUGGUACUUGAACUCGGUUGGACGUAUGUUCAUGCUAUCGCCGAUACGGGGUCUUACGGUGAACGUGGUAUGGACUCGUUUCGAGCUGCUGCCACUGAAAUGGGUAUUUGCAUCGAUGGAGAUGUGCAUAAGAUUAGUCGACGAUGGACUGAUAAGAACUUCCGUGACCUACUUAUUCGCAUGCAUCACACAAGGAAAGCGCGUGGUGUCGUGAUGUUCGUCGACGAGGAUAAUCUCAAACGUUUGUUGCAUACCCUGGACAUGCUCAUCAAAGAAGGUCAUAAGGAGCUGGAUCGGCAUUUUUGGUUUGUUGCCAGUGACUCCUGGGGAAUCAAACAAUCCGUCGUGCUAGGCUUGGAACAUCUUCUAGCUGGUGCAAUUACCAUCGCUCCCUAUGUGAGAGAGGAAAAAGCUUACGUGACCUUUUUUCGUAAACUUUCACCAGUUGGUUUCACCUUUUUGGAAGAGUACUGGGACCACUUGGGAUGCAAUAAAAAUCCAGACCUGAACUAUUUUGGAGAGUGUUUCGAUUAUAUCAAUUACACGCUAAAGCAGGAAUCCUAUGUACCAUUUGUUGUCGAUGCUGUACGUGUAUUAGCUCGAGCCAUUUCCAAAUACAUUACAGAUGAAUGUGGCAGCACGGAGUUCCAUCGAUGUAGUCUUUCAACCUCACGAUUUAUUGGUGAACGGUUACAAAAAUACUACAGAAAUGUAUCAUUGAGUGAAAAUGAGCCGCCACUCAUCGAUGCAAAUGGAGACGGAAUUGGACGGUACGACGUUUUUCAACUGAACGAUAAAGGCAUUUACCAAAAAGUUGGCAAGUGGCGAUCAAGUGAAGACUCGUUCGAGGUGCGAGUGGAACAAGUGCGACACGGUUUUCGUUUGGCGCCUGGCGAAAGUCCGUUCUCUGUCUGUUCCGUAGACUGCCCUCGAGGACACUAUCGAGCAUAUCAAGACCAAACUUGCUGUUGGGCUUGUAUACCAUGUGAUACAGCUACAAGCAUUAUCAUCAAUAUUACCAGGUGCGAGAUGUGUCCAGUAGGUGAAGUGCCAGACUUGGAGACGCAAAGCUACUGCGUACCUAUACCUCCAGUAUCCAUGAGCUGGGAUACUGGUUGGGCGCUGAUACCUGCCGGUUUUUCGUUGCUUGGUUUAUGCUCAACGAUAUUCGUCGUGGCCGUCUUUUUAAAAUUCUCAAACACGCCUGUGAUAAUGGCAUCUGGGCGUGAACUUUGUUAUUGUAUGAUUAGUGGUAUAUCAAUGUGUUACCUCCUCACAUUUUUCCUCGUAUCACAGCCUUCCAUUCCGACAUGUGCUUUUACUAGGGUAUUGAUGGGAUUAUCAAUGUCGGCGAUAUACGCUGCCAUAAUAACAAAAACUAACCGAUUAGCACGGGUAUUCAAGCCGGAUAGCGCACAGAGGCCACGAUUCAUUACGCCAAGAGCUCAGGUUGGCAUCUGUGCUUGCAUCGUAUCGGUGCAGCUGUUCGGCUCACUUAUUUGGCUAGUUUUUGAUCCACCAGGGACAAAAGUGGUCUUUCCUUCUCGUACAGAAGCUGUUCUCACUUGCAAGGCAACAGCAUCACAUCUACUGAUCUCUUCCUUAUACAAUCUCGUGUUAAUCGUUGCCUGUACGGUGUAUGCCUUCAAAACCCGAAAAAUUCCUGAAAAUUUUAAUGAAACCCGGCAUAUUGGCUUUACCAUGUACAGUACUUGUAUAUUGUGGUUAUCGUUCGGACCGAUUUAUUUCGCUACACAAAACAACUUCCGGAUACAAAUUACAUCAUUGUGUAUGUGUGUAUCGUUAUCUGGGACAGUAGCGUUGGUGUGCUUUUUCGCGCCAAAGGUUUACAUCGUCUUGUUCCAACCGUACAAGAAUGUCCGAACGCGGCAGUCUGCAGUUGGUCGGCUUGUCAAUCAGCAGAUGCGAUUCAUGAGUCAGUUCACCUGCAAUCAAGAAAAUUCAUCCACCUACAAACCUAUUAUGUCUACUGCAUCCAAUCCCUCGUAUCGGCCUGGAUCCGAGGAGAAUUCGCACGCCAGCACACAAGCAUCGACUAUACAUCCUCUACCAAUGCCUAUAAUGGGGAAGCCUCUCAACAACAAUAACAAUCAUAUCUCCCUUCCCAAAUCCGAAAUAGGCAAAAAACUCUCCUUACCAGAAGCUGAGCAGAACGGUCCCGACAUACUCAAUUCCAACGAUGUCCGACGACGACGUCCAUCUAGUCUGUACACAACGAUGCCCGAUGUCGUACGACCACUUCCUCUUCCACAGAAAAUGCCUGCGGAUGUAAAUGAAUGCGAUUCGCAGGUGGCGCUAAUCUUGGAAGAAAUAGCUACCGAUCCUCACGUCACUUUUUUGUAGUUGAAUACACUCAUCAAGUGUGAGCGGGGCAUAUUUGGGCUAGGCUACGCCCAUUUUUUUUAUUUUGCUUUUUUGUGUGAAGCAGAAAAAAAAUU